AUGAGUCUCCAAAGCAACUUGCUAUCUCUUUUGGUUCCCCUUGCUGCAAUUUUUGCAUCAUUGUAUCUCAUAAACCCAAUUCCACAUUUUCUCAACAACUUCACUUAUUUAACUCUCACAACCUUGUCACCAUCAUCUUUGAACUUAGCACCUUUAACUUGCAACCUCCACAGCAUCCAUCAUCAUCGACCACACAAGAAACACCCUGAUAGUGGGAAUGCUGAUUCUAUUUGUGAUGAUUUCCCACCAGGCAUUCCACCUCCUGAUACCAAUACCACUUUUUAUCUUUGUGUUGAUCGAAAAGGGUGCUGUAAUUUCACCACAGUACAAGCAGCUGUGAAUGCAAUUCCUGAUUUUAGCUUAAAAAGAACCAUAAUAUGGAUAAAUAGUGGCAUCUACUAUGAGAAAGUUAUGGUUCCCAAAACCAAACCCAACAUUACAUUUCAAGGACAAGGUUAUACUUCAACUGCAAUUGCAUGGAAUGAUACUGCAUUGUCCGCAAAUGGCACAUUUUCUAGUGGCUCUGUACAAGUUUUCGCCUCCAACUUCAUUGCUAAGAAUAUAAGCUUCAUGAAUUUAGCACCAAUUCCAAGUCCUGGGGCUGUUGGUGCACAAGCAGUAGCCAUUAGAAUUUCGGGAGAUCAAAGCGAAUUUAGGGGUUGUGGAUUCUUUGGAGCCCAAGACACCCUUCAUGAUGAUAAGGGUCGCCAUUACUUCAAAGACUGCUAUAUCCAAGGCUCCAUUGACUUCAUAUUCGGCAAUGCAAGGUCACUCUAUGAGAAUUGUCAACUAGUUUCCAUAGCGAAUCCCGUACCAGCGGGACAAAAGAGCAUAAAUGGCGCUGUUACAGCUCAUGGUAGAGCUUCAACGGAUGAAAACACAGGAUUCACAUUUGUGAACAGUACAAUAGGAGGAAACGGGAGAAUAUGGUUGGGUCGAGCAUGGAGACCUUAUUCCCGUGUUGUUUUUGCCUUCACAAUUAUGUCAGAUAUCAUUGCCCCUGAAGGUUGGAAUGAUUUCAACGACCCUUCAAGAGAUCAGACUGUUUUCUAUGGAGAAUACAAAUGCUCGGGGCCUGGGGCUGAUACAAGCAUGAGGGCAUCUUAUGUACAAAGAUUAAAUGAUACACAAGCUUUGGCAUUCCUCAACAUAACUUUUAUCGAUGGCGACCAAUGGUUGGAAACUUCCAAACUAAGCUAA